UUUCACGAAAAUCAUGGAUGUUUAUCUGAACAGCGUUAGAGAUCACGUGCAGGCUGACCCGAGUGACAUUAUUGUCAAACCGCUCCUCCUCAACAGUGGAAACGUACACCACAAAAUGAAAAUUACCAACUUUAACAACUAUUCGAAGUAUCUGUUUAUUUACAACUUGGAUAACUACUAUAAGUACUUUCAAAGCUUCCUAUAUGAUCUCUUGGCCAUCCACUCACAUAUAUACAUUGAAAAGAACGACGAAGGUAAUUUUUUUUAUAGCAAUUUGAUACACUAUUUGGUGGGUCUGUACAGAAGGCAGUUAGAUCGAAUAAGAAAUUGCGACAAAGGGGAGAGAAGCGUUAUGAACGGUGACUUAAAUAGUUAUCUCACACAAAGUUGGCAUAGCAGCGAGGACCAGGAGGACCACCAAGGAGUCACACACCUAGGGGAGUGUGUCAAACCGGAUGAUGAGACCAAAAUAGGGGGAAGUGACCUCAUACAUGAAAAAGACCAACCUGUAAAGGGACAAAAAGGAAGUAAAUCUGCCGAAACGCAGUGCAAAGACAAAAAAGGAAAAUACAAAUCAAAAAAGAGAAAUGAAACAGAAAGGGAAAAAGAGAAUGACAAAACAGAUGAACUAACAAACAAAAAGGAAAAACUGAAUGAUAUACUAGCCCAUUGUAUACCUCCAAAAAAAGAUGAUCAAAAUGGUGUAGGUACAGUCCCGAAUGAUCAACAAAGGAAUAUCAAAAUUUUAGAAAAUAAAAUUGCCAUCUUAGAGGAACUUAUACAGAAAAACGAAAGGAAGUACAAUUACUUUGAAGAAUAUUUAAAAAUAAUAAAGAUGAAAAAAAAAAUAAAACAAAAUUUCCUGCUCAUUUGUCCAAAAUAUGUGAAUCAUAAGGGGAUUGGAAGCUACCUGCUGAACAAUACCGUUUUGAAUUCUUCUCCCCCCAAAAAAACAGAAACGGGUAGCGACCCUGAGAGUGAUAACUUCCUAACGAUUGGAGAAAUAAUACGAUGGUGUAACGAGAUUAACGAGAAGGACAACUACCCAUCCAUCGUGAAAAGAAGCUUCAUUCAUUACAUCAUCCACGAGAGGAACAUAAACCGGAAUAGGCAUUCUACCAAAAAGCUAAGGACGUCUAACAGAAGCAUGCACGAAAGCUUGGCCAACUCGGCAAAUGUGGCGAAUGAGGCCUAUUCGGGGCUUUCUGCAAUUUGUGGGCAGACGCAUCAGAACAGCUUAGACUACUACGUGAGUGAAGUGCUAAAUGUGGGAGAGAAAAAGAGGGACCAAGAGCAAGCCGAAGAUGGCGUAAACACGAACGACGGCGUAAACACGAAUGACGGCGUAAACACGAAUAACGGCGUAAACACGAAUGACGGCAUAAAAAUUAAUGAGGAUAAAGACUCGCACCUAAUUAUAAAGGGAGGUACGUCUCACGAGCGAGUUGGCAUCCCAAAUAAAGAUGCACAUGCUGCAAAGGAAACGAAGGGGGUUAACGAAAAAGACGAGAAUUGCUCAAAUGUAGGAAAAAAUAAACUCAAAAAAACACCAAACUUAAGAAGCAUAAAAUCUAAGAUAGACAAUAAGCAUGCGAUAAGUAUGCAUAGGAAAAAAAACAACUGCACGAAUGACAACGGAAAAAACAAUGAUGAUGGUAGCUUGUUGGACCAGAAGGCAUUCUUUAAUAAGUAUAACUUGAGACACAAUUUAGAUUUCGUGAAGCACUUUUUUCACUUUGCCCUCCUGAACGAUGAAGAAUUUAUGACUAACGUGAAAACAUUAUUAAAAUUAACCAUGACGGAACGAAAAAAAAACAAAGGAGAUAAUUCUAACAAAAAGAAUAGCACAUUUGCACAUCUGUUUGAGAUAAUCCUGCAGAAAGUGCUACUCUCCCCAUUGUAUGUUAAUGGGGUAGUUUUUUUCUUUAAAAAAAAUGAAUACAUAAAUUCGGAGUGUUUUUUCACCAUAUUUUUGAGGCUCACCUCGGACGAGAAUAAUCAUAUAAUUUAUUUGAACGCGGUGGAAAGGUAUGAGGAAUUUUUUAACCCGUCUAACGGCGCGGACAGGGGGAAAGACGCAGGUGAAAAGCGAGGCAAAGACGCGGAAAGCGAGGGGGGGAAAAGAAGCCACGUAAAGGAGAGCCCAACAACGGAUGCACAAAGACUUAAAUACUUUUAUGAAAAUAUGACAAAAAAAUAUCAAGGAAAGAUUGAGCAGAAAUUAAAAGAGAAGGAGCAAAUCGAAAAAAUAAUGGAGUCGUUAAGCGGACACACCGAUUGGGGCAAAGCUGAAAUAGUUCCACGCACUGUGGAUGGCAAUGAGAAAAAGAAGGGGGACACUGAUGAAGAAGGGAUAAACGCCAACUUAGAAAGUCAAACAGAAGAAGUAGGGGAAUAUUCUUCAUCCGUUGAGCAAAAAGACGGAGAUGAAUUGCUAAGAUUCUCUAAAAAAGGUGAUCCAUGUGAAGACACAAAGGAUAACGACAUGUUAAGCGAAAAGGGGCAAAGAACGAAAAAAGGCGUACAGUGUAGGGACGCGAAUGUGCAAAGCGCUGUGGAGAGGCUGUAUGAAAAAAUCGUAAUUUGCAAAGAAAAAAAAAUCCUGAAUAAGCAAAUAAUUGGUCAACUUCACACUCACUGUGCUGAAAGAAAUGCACAAGUGGACGAGCAAAUUAUCAAGUAUAAUAAAAAGGUGAGCAAAAUAAAUAGCUACAUGAAGAACAACGAUUACGUGGAACAUGUGUCAUUUUACAAAGAAUUAAAAACUGUGCUGCGUAACUUAUUGAGAGAUCAUUUAAGGAAGGGAACGGAUGACGAUUCUGCCAACUGGACGUGUCCCGAUCUAGGGGACCCUCUCGAGGGUAACAAACAAAAGGGAGAAGCAACUGAUAGUGACACAACACAAAUUGGGAAAGAAAAAAGAAGUAACACGUACGUAAGAAGAAUAAACAUCCAACUUAGUGAAAACUUUGUGGAAAAAAUAUAUCAAGAGGACGGGGAGUUGGAAAACGUAAAUAGUGGAGUCACCGAUGGAGUAGAAAUAACGGGAAAGAAGACUGAAGAGGAGGAGGAGAUUGGCAAAGUCGCAGAAAGUACCAUCAAAGCAGUAGAAAGAAAAAAAAUUAAUAACAAAUUUGAUUCGCAGCAUGCUCAGAAGGCAAACGGCGGAGGCAAAAACAGAAAUGCCGUCAGCGCAAAAAUGCCAAACGGAGGUACAACGGAACGUUGCAACCAAGUUGAGGAAAGCGUAAAAACAGUUGUUAACAAAAAUGAAGAACUCGUCAGGUAUUUAAAACAAAAAUUUGUUCAAGUCAACUUUUUUUACUUUUUUAUAAACGAAGAAUUAUGCUUUAGAAAGAGGAAUGUUCUGAACGAAAUUUCCAAAAUUGUGCAGGAAAAAUAUAAAGACGUAAAAACGUCCGCUUACUUCUUUGACGUCCCAAACUCCAAGAUGUACGACGCCUUUAAUAUGCAGAGCUUCAUUCAGACCAAGAAAAAUUUGGAAAAAUGCGAGUGCAACUUUUAUGUUACCAGUGAGAAGGAGCAAGCUGGGGUGGUGGCUCGGAGAGACGGGCGCGAAGAAGACAAAGUGGUAAAAGAGGAAGAGUACGGGCGUGAACUACAAAAGGGAGAUGCACUACAUGAUAGGGAAAAGCAACAUGCAGAAGUGGAGAACGAGUUACAGAGAAGCAAAUCCAAAAGGAAGAAAAAGGAGAAGAAAAAAGACAACACAAGAGAAAAAGAAGCAAAGAAAGACAAGGAAGAAAACGAAAAGGACAAACUUGAGGGCGCAGAAGAUGAGCACAAAAGUGAGAAGAAGGACAAAAGGAGGAAGAAGAAGAAGAAGAAGCGAAGUGGAAAGGAAGACGAGGGAGAAAAGGAGAAGAAGAUGGAGAAGGAGAUGGAAAUUGAUACGAAGGAGAAGUGGGAGACGCAACAAAAGGGGAAAGUGCAGGAGGAGGACCUACUUGGGGAUCCCCCAAAAAAGACGGAAAAGGACCAUAAGGAAGGCGAAAAAGAGGGGGGGAAAAAGAAAGAAAAGGAACACCUCAAAAGCAAAGACGAAAUGGAAGAGAAGAAAAGGAAGAGAAGGAAAAAAGAAAAGGAAAAAAAAAAGGAUACCAAAAAGAAGCUAGACGAGAGCGAUCACAAAAAAGGGGGUGAAACGCCGGAAGAUAGAAACGACCUCGACAAUAAGGGAGAAAAAAUCGAGAACAAAAACGAAGAAGGAAAGGAAGCCCCCAACAAAAACGAAACCAACGAUAGUGAUGCGAACAAGCUGUACCUUUACGGGGGAAAGGAACUUACGGAGGAGGCUUACUUUGAAGAAUUGGAAAAAAAAAAGUAUGAAAUAAAGGAUGAAUAUGACCACAUUUUCUAUAACUUUCGCAACUCUCGUGAAGCAGGUGACGCGGGAGAAAGGGAAAAAAAAAAAGACCAUUACAUAGUCGAAUUUUUAGAAGUAGAUAAUUCCUACGAUAAGAGGGACGAAAUUCGAUACAAAAAUAUAACCCACGUAAUGUUGCAAAAAAACACAUCCACGGAAAUAAACGUAAAAAUUAACACCUGCAAAAUAGUGAACAUAAAAAAAAGAAUAUGCUUAAUAGACCUUCUUGGGAACUACUUUUAUUUAAAUCUGCUUGUGGUAAUUGAUAAGCCUAGGAUUUACUCCAAUCCGUAUUUCAUAUUUAGCAACAACGUUGUUAUGUGUGCCCCCCGAAGUAACUGCUUUGUUUUGUGCAAAAAGCUAUACAAUUUUGACCGGGUACUGAUAGGAAGAAAUGUACACUCAUUUAAGCAUAUCAUCCAAACGGAGUUAAAAGACGAGUGUGAAGAGCACCUCCUAAAUUUUUUAAAAAAUUUUAGAGAUAUCAAUUCUCCCAAAUUUAAAGUAGGAAAAAUGAGAAGGAAAAAUAUUACCUCCAUUUUGAGCAACUCAAGUAGCAACGAAAAGGAUAAGUACAAAUCGAAGAACUCAGAUAGGAUGAAAAGUAACGAAAUUUCUAAACUUUUGUAUAAGCACGUGCAGGUUUUAAAUUUAUUUAACUCCUCUCACUUCGACUGCUUUGUCGAACUUUCUUUUGACAAUGUGCCUUGCAGCAGUGAUAAAAAUUCCCAGGAUAAUGAACUUAACAGUGCCGAUAAUUUCAUAAGUCAUAACGAUUUUUAUGUGUACCCGAAGAAAUUUUUCAUUCUCUCUAAGAAAUGGAAAAAAAUGAUCGUUUUGUUUUUACCUAAAAAGGUGGGUCCCUUUUUUGAAAAAUUGCAGCUGUCUAUAUAUUCUGUAGCAAAUGGGGCAGUAGAUAUAAAUUACCAAAAGGAGAUGACAAAUGGGGACAAAAAAAAGGACAGCACGCCACUCUGCGAUAGCAUUUUCUCUAACGACAUAGUCUUAGCCAACAAACAGAUUGACAAUUACUUGUAUGAUAUAUUCUCUUUGUGCUUAAAGGGGGAAGGAAUAAAGUGCUGUCUGAAAAUGAGCGAAAGUUACUUAAACUUUCACAAAAUUCUAUUAAACUCAGUUCAGCAAAAAAAUGUAGAAAUGAAGAACUGUAGCUACUGCGACCUUACCUGGUUUGUAGACCCUGCUGACUUGAGGAGCGACUCCCCAUUAUGCAUAAAUCCUACAAAAGGAAAUUUACUAAAAAAUGAAAAAAAAACGCUAACAGUUACCAUCAAAACGGAUAUCGUCAAUACGAUAAAGAAAGAAAUAAAAAUAAACUAUGUGGAGAAGAAUUUCAGCAAAAGUGACAAAAUGAGGAACAACGUUUAUUUCACAUCCCUCGCGGUGGAAGCAGAAGUUUGCAAGUCCUUCAUUCAAGUAAGUACCGAAAUUGUGAAGGAAGAUGCGGAGGAGAAAUUCGACCCACUAGCAGAAGGUUCCACCGAUGGGAAGAUCAUAUUAAAGAAUAACCGUGCUGCCAUUAAAGUGGCCCCCCCAAAGAACAAGCAAUUGUUGCCUUCCCACCUAGGGGACGUUUUAGAAGAAGACAUUAACUUCAAAUAUGUGGAGGUAAAUCAAACCAAAGCAUGCUUGUUCAAAGUGAAAAAUACAGGAAAAUUCAAAAUAUUCUACGUAGCAGAAUUAAAUGAGGACUCCUUUUUAAAUUAUGUAAGUAUGGAAUGUCUAACUGAUAGUAUAAAUUCAAACGAAAUGAAAAUAAUAAAAGUGAAGGUAAGAUCAGGUAGGAAGGCCAAAUUUCAAAAUGCGCCUCUCAUGCUACACUUUUACGACAUGGAUAAUAAUCACAUUCAAACGUACAAAUAUGCCAUUUCUGUGUGUUUUGAUUAUAACUAUGUUAGGGUUAUCCCUGCUAUUCUUAAUUAUCACUCUGUGGAGGUUAAGAAGGAAGAAACCCGAUUCUUUAAAAUCAUCAAUGAUGGAUAUUUUGACUUUAAAUACGAGAUAAAAUUGUUAAAGAGUAAGAUAAAGAACACAGAAAAGGAUGAGGUAUUACGAUACAACAACGUGGGAUGUGUUCAAUAUAAUGCAAAUGGCGAUUUGAAAAGCCCCUUUUCCAUUUCACCAAUUAGCGGUUUGGUGAAGUCCAAGGGGGAGGAAACCGUCAUGGUUCUGUUUAAUUCCUCCGAAGAGAGGCAGUACAGAUUUGUCUACAUUGUCGAGGUGGAGAAUCUCAUGUCGGACACGUUGCAUACUGAUAGUAAGAAAAAGGAGCAUAGGGUGAACAGACAACCUAUUGACAGUCACAGAGAAGUCAUUAAAAUUUUUGCAUCAUCUGUGAAGCCCACCAUUUCCUGCGAUGUGAAAAACAUAUUCGAAGAAGUUUUGAUAUUAAAAAAAACAGAAAGCUAUGCCAACUUUUUAGAUCAUUUCUUAGGCAAAAACAGCUACUAUAAUUCAGAUGAUAAUACGCUAUACUACAAAUGGUGCCACGUGAAUGAGUGCAUUAAUGAGCGGAUAAAGAUCUGCAACACGUCCGAUGUAAAUGCAAAGGUUCAUGUAGAAAUUAAGGAACUCGAAUUUGCCAACUAUAGGAAUAGAAGUGGAAAGGGGAAAGAAAAGGAACGAGAAAAACGGGGGGACAAGGGAAAAGAGAACGAAAAUGAACCAAAAAGAUCCAGCGUGACUCCCCAACAAUCAUCCCCCAUCCGUUUUAAUAUGCGAGUUCAAAAUGAUAAUGAAAUAAAGUCAAGGUGGUCUUUGACCGAAUUAAAUGAACAACGGCGUGGUAUCACCUACGGUGGUGCGUCCUCCUCUCUCAGCACCACCACAGGGGUUACACGUUACCAGCACAAAUAUUUAGACAUAUGUUUUUAUUCAAACCAAAUAGGAAGUAAAAAAUUUCUCGUAAAUAUCCACCUGACAAAUCAGCAAAAUGUGUUAUGUUUUUCCUUUUACAUAAGUGUAGAAUUUUUUUUGCCCUCCAUUAAUCUGAUCCUUCCACAAAGCUUGCUGAAGCAGCGCCGAGAAGAUAAGAUCUACGAUUUGGGGGAUAUCCACCUAAACAGUGUCAUUUCGUUUAAAGUGAGAUUAAAAAAUUGCUUCAAGUAUCCUGUCUUUGUAAAGGUCUUCUUUGAAAGGGUUAAUUUGGUGCCAGAUUGCUGGCGGAGUAUGGAGGAACGAAAGGGACAACUAAAAGGCAGCGCCGAAUUGGAAAAUGUCUCCAAUAGAGGAGAGGGAGACUUUAAUGAAAAUGGGCAUGCUAGAAGUAUCAACCUGGUGAAUGACCCAAAAGAAGCGCAACAAAAAAGGGGGGACGCAAAAAAUAGCAACAUUUCAGAGUCAACACAUGACAGAAGCACUCCCUGUGACGCCGCAAACUAUCAGACAUGUGUGCAGGAAAAAAAAGAUAUUUAUAAUGCCAUAAAUAGUAGCUCCUUUUUUACCACCGUUGAUGAUCAUGUAGGACUGCGCACAAGAAACAACACCACAUACUUUGACUACAAAAAUGUUAAAGAUUUGCUGUACAAAACUAGGGAGAAACAAAUGCACAUGUUCAGUUUGGGCUAUCUCUACUACAUAGGGCACAGCAACUACAUGCUAAGGGAAAACGAAGUAGAAAGCAUUAAAAUAAAAGUGGAUAAAAAUAAGUUGGAAGAAAUGAUAAACAGAAGAAACACACAAAGAGGGAGCCUAAAAGGGAUAGAAGGCGAAGAGUGUAUGGCGGUGGGUGACACUCCAAACGAGCUCGAUGUGAUUGAGCAGACAACUACACCGAACGAUGAGCUUAACAAAAAGGAAUUAGAAGUAGACAAUGAGAAGGGAAAAAAAAGUGUUAAGGAAAAGAUGAAGAGGCAAGAUUUGGAUAAAAAAAAGAAUGCAAAUAAUGUGCAAGGAAAUUUACCCAAAUUUUCAACGACUGCUCUGAGCACUUGCCAAGAAAAACAACUUUUAGGAAGCAUACAAAUUAGCGUGCUCAAUAAUAACUACGAAUUUUACAAUUUAAAAUUCCUUGGAAAUAUAGUAGAAUCGAAGAACUACUGGAAUUUAGAACUCUUAAAAAGUAGCAUAAGAAAAGUGUAUAGUGGUAAAAAUGUGGACAUUUUUAAAAAUCACAUCAAUUUUGAUCUUUUACCUGUGGGGUAUAACCACUCAUUUAGGGUUCCCUACGUGAACGACAACAACCACGAUUUAUUCUUCCAUGUAGAGGUAGAAAAAAAGAUAAAAGGUGUCAUUGACAUCAGGCCUUUAAGUGGAUCCAUACCAGCGAAUAGCUCCUUUCCGUUUUGUGUUCAAAUUGACAUAAGGGAAGCCAUCAAUUUGGUGAAGAAGCAAAUCCCGUUUAAGUUUUCUGCAAACCCUUUUAACAAAAAAAAUCCCAAAGUGAAGGAUGAAGAUGGAGUGUAUAAUGACUCCUUAUACGUAAGUUUAACCUCGGAAGAAGUAAAAUUUUCCUGUAGUAAAAAAAAAAUUAUUUUCAAAAAUGUUCCCUUCUUUAAUUAUUCCAAGAGCGAAUUGGUGCUGGAAAAUAUGUCCAAUGUAAAAGCAUAUGUCGAAUUGAACAUCGUACCAUUAAACGGGUUGGAUGACAUAACAUCUGUUUAUGCUUUCCGCCCGUUUAGCGAGAAAAGGAUUACUUCGUUAUUGAACAGGAUGGAUAAAAAUCUCCUAAUGAAUGAAGUUACUAGAGAGAAGACAGAACAAUUGGGGAACUCGCCAUCCAAUUGUAAGCAAGGGGGAGACAUUAAAAACGCUUCGGAAGUUAACGAAUUGGUAGGAGAAACAAACAAAAGUGAAGAUAGCCAUGUGGUUGGUAACCCUAAUGGGGUACAUGAGGGGGAUAAGACGGGCGAAAAUAAACCCAUCGACGAGUUUUACUUGACCAAGUACGACUUGACCUUGUCCGAUUUUGGAGAUAAUCCUCGCAACGGGGAAGGAAGUGGCUUUAACGAGACGCACAUUGAGGAGAACGACGUGAUUGGAGAAUGCAACGAAAUAAUUGGAAGUAGUGAUGUAACUAGCAAACCACAGCAACAAUGCAGGGUCAUCAAAAAAUACAUAACCAUCAAGGGAAAGCACAAGAAGCGGCUGGAACUCUUUUGCUUUCACCACUUGUACAAGAAAACUUUCGACGCCGUGCUUCACAUAAGGAUAAAGUACUACAAUCAAAUUAGCAUACCGAUCAAAAUGACAUUCGAAAAUUACGACCACAGCAACGCAUUUGUGUUGGCAGACUGGAAUCACAACCGUGUUGUGGAUAACAUGGACGAGAAGAAAAAAGUUCAAAAAAAACACAAAAUGAUUGUACUAAGCAGGGGAGUGUUAAAAAAAAUAAAUCAUAAAAUAUACAUGUUGAACAUUUCGAACGAGAGCUUACAGUACUUUUUUGAGAAAAUCAGCGAAACGGGAGAAAACGGAGGUAGAAGUCCCAUUGUGCUGAGUAGCAGCAAACAGAACGGGGAUAAUAAGAAAAGCGAGAAGAACAACGACAACAAUUCUGAGUGUAUUAACUAUAAGGGGUGUGUAAAAGAAAAUAACUUUUCCCUAAUCAGAUUCCUCUUUAACAUUUUCAAUUCGAUGGACUACAGUGGACGCUACAACCUUUAUGUAAAUGAUAAAAAAGAGCAACCUAUCGAUUUUGAGGUCAAGGUAAUUGAGCCCCUAAUCUUUUUUAAUACGUCUUCUAUACAUAUCAACAAUUUAAUAUUAGGAAAAAGCUACUGCUUCGUUUUUUACCUAAUCAAUUUUGACCUAAUGGACAUCAACUUUGAGUUUGACCAAAAUUCGUACAACUCGUUUAACAGCAAAAAGGAGACCAUAAAGAUUGUUCCAUUUAGCGGCGUUGUGAAAUCAUGCUAUAGAAAGAAUAAGUACAUGUACAAGGAGAUAAGAAAAUUAAAUGAGGAUAAUUCCAUAGGUGUGGACGAUCCCGAUAGAAAGGGAACUAUCACAGAUGGAAACUCCUCCGCUCGUGCGACUUCCACGCCGAGCAUUUCGCACGAAAGUGAUUCUAAUGGAAGCGGUAUUCUGAGUGAUAUUCAUAACAAGGGUGCGUUAAUUGGAGAGAGGAAAAGUGUAAAAAAAAGGAUAAAGAUCAAUUAUGUAAACCAUUAUGAUAAUAUUAGGCUGCACAACGAUAGUGACAACUGGUCUUGCUCAUUUACGAAUUCGUCGGAUGUGUCGGCAUCCUCAUCAAAUCUCAGUUCUGGCAAAAAUAAAGUAGAACAAAGGACGAAAAAUGAACGAACCAUGUUAUAUGGAAGGUACAAGAAGGAAUACAUCCUCCCAGCGGAUUUUCCACAAUGGGAGUACAUAAACACGUCGUGCGAUUCGAGCAGUGAAUCAGACAGCGAAUGGAAUAGCAAAGCGUGCGUCAGCCUAUCAGAGGGAAACAGCGGAAAGGAUGAUAUCCCUCACAGCAGUAAGUUCUUCCUCUUGAAUUAUUACCUGAGAAGCAUAUUGAAAAACGAUAGCAACAAAAUUGUAAGAGACAUUAAACAUGUGCGGGGAAAAGGAAGGUGUAAAAAAAUCAAGCUGUUCUUCAAACCACACCUUGAACAGUUCUACAAUUUUAACUUGCUAUGCAAAAUAGGGUCAAAGGAAGCACCCCUACAGGUUAAUUUCAAAACGCAGGUCAGUAAAAUUAAUAUAAAUUGCUACAUUGAAAAUUUUGACAAGGAAAAAGUGCAACUAAAUUUGGAGGACUGCACAUGGAGUGGAAAGCAAAAGAAAUAUAAAAGUCACAUGAUCCAUAUUUAUGAUGUUAUAGAUUUUAAAGAAACCUUAAUAGGACGAAAAAAAGUCUCCAAAUUUGUUAUUGAAAAUUUAGGCAAUUUCGAUAUGGUUUAUAAAUACUACUUACAAAAAAAGGAUGAAGAAAUUCGUAUAAAGUGCAGUGGGGAUUGUAUUCCCCAGAACUCUACCUAUUCCAUUUCUGUUGAGUAUAACCCUUUGAAGAACCAAACAUAUGUUAACUACUUGACCAUUAAUAUUAUGGACUACUAUCUUCUUAAUUUAAAAAUCACUGCUGUUGCGAUUAGCUUUUUAAUUAAUUUUUCCUUUUACAAUUAUGACUUUGGUAAUGUUAUUUUGUUCCCCGUUUUGGAUGACAGCGCUAAGGUGAAGGGGAUAACGAACAUAGAUCAGCGCUGUGAUGAGAGUUUUUCCUCCAGUGAUAGCUCACUAUCGUCUUUGAUUAAUACGUUCAAAAAUAAUGAAAGGGAUAAGAGGUUGAAGGGGCGUGAGGGGGAGAAAGCCAAGGCACUCGCUGACGAAGACGCGCAGGGUGCGACCGGGAAGAAUAAAAAGGGAAAGAAGAAAAGGCACAAAAGAGAGAAGCAGGACAAGAAGGAGAAGAAGGAGAGAAUGGAGAGGAAAACGAGGAAGGAUAAUACGCAGAAUGAAAUGGACGAAGAGGGAGACGAGGCCAAAACGGGGGAUGUCGCUGAACACGCCGAGAAGGAAAAGGGGGAAGACAAAUCAAAAGAAGACCACAAACAGGAGAAGCGAAACAAGGAGAAACACACAGCCGAUAAGGAGAAAAAUAAAGGCGUGAAAACAGAACAGGAAAAAGACCAGAAAAAAACAAACGCUGCCCAUUUGAGCCAAAGUAAAAAAAGCGGAAAGGAGAAACUCACGAAUGCUGUGGUAUCCAAAAUUAAAGAGGCGAAGAUGCAAAAAGAUCAUACAGAUAACGAAAUGGAUAUCCUAUCAGAAAAGGAAAACAACAAUGCGGUAGAAACAAAACUUGUCAUUAGCAACAAUAAUGAUGAGGAUUGCUACAUAGAAUAUGAACUGAAUGAGGAAUGUCUUACCAUAACAAACCUUCGAAAAAAGGUGCACCUGAAAAGAAAAAGCAAGGUCUGUCUUUUUAUCCAAUUUAAACCAAAUGAAGAGAAAAAUUAUAACUACAAAAUACCUUUUAUGAUAAACGGAGAUGUGGACAAAAUGGUUUACAUCUAUCUAACAGGAUCAGCCACACAUUUCAAAUUGCCCUUUUCUAGUAAUAAUUCGAACGAAAUUCAUUUUGAGCAUGUACAUGUGGAUAAGGAAAGCAUUUCAAAAUUUACACUUCACAAUAAGAAUUCAGAAGAUAUAUCUUUUAACGUAUUAAAUUAUAGCUACUUAGAGAAGCACUACCUCUCCUUUGUCAAGUUUGAUAAUUCUGUUUUGCACAUCUUAAAGAAGAAGGAAAAAAAGACAUUUGAGGUGAAGUUCCUUCCCGAAAAGUAUCUUAACCUGCAGAUACCACUAUACCUGAGUGUAUGCUACCGUGGGAAAAGAAUAGCCUAUUACUUGACGAGCAUUAAAUUGAGCAGCAUAUGCUACAAAAUUGUUUUGAAGGAGAAUUUGCUGACUUUCAACAAGGCGGGGCAACAGGAGAGGCGUGCGCUGUGCGCCGAAGACGCAACUCGAGUUAGCCAAGCGGGAGAAGUUAACCAAGCGAGAGUAGUUAGCCAAGCGGAAGAAGCUAGCCAAGCGGAAGUAGUGCACCAAGUUGACGAAGUUAAGGAAAAGCUGUUCAAGGGCGCGCACCGCAAGGACUCCAUAAAAGGCAGGAAAAUCCAGCUGCACAACAGGGGCGGCAUGAACGCCCAGUUUCAAGUUGUGUACCCGCAAAAGUACGAAAAAUUCUUGCACGUAUAUCCAAAAAAGGGGAUUAUCUUUUCCUUCAACUUAACGAGCAUUUACAUCUUCGUGGACACCGAUUUCGUAACGAAGGAUCUGUUCCUGAACGAUGUGUCCGUGGAUUUGCUCCCCAAAUUUAAUAAAAUCAAUAGCAAAAUUUUUUUAAACAUAUUUAUUAAUACGCGUAAUGACAUGAACAAGUGUAGGAGUGGGUAUGUGAAUAAUUCGAAGUUGAUCACUGCAGGAGGAAAUGCACAGAGUGGGGAGAACGCCAAUGAUGGGAAGACCGCCAGUGUUGAGGAGGCUCAAAAUGAAGGGGGGAAAAAACGAGGCGCAGACCACUCCGAAAAAUGCGAAAAAAGCGAAAAAUGCGAAAAAAGCGAAAAAAGCGAAAACACCGAUUGUGACGACAAAAACGUUAAUACAAUUUGCUUAAAAAAUGAAACCAUUGUCACAUUACAGACGGACAUCAGAAAACAGAUAAGCAAGACCAUCGAAAUAUGCAACGAAACGGAAUCUAACUUUAAAAUGAAAUAUAAGUUCCUGUCUAACGAGAACAAUUUUUUCUCGCUGGCAAUACAUGAAGACGUUGUGAAACCGAACGAAAGCGGAACAUUUCAAAUCGUUUACAAUCCUCUUUUUGUGCAAAAAAGGAAGAAAAACAGUAAUAACUAUCACAACACUUUGUGCUUAAAAUAUUUGAAAUAUUUUCCCAAAAUUCAUCAUAUAUCCAAGCUGGUAAUUUAUUACCCCAAGGAGGUGGUGAAGAAUUAUACCUUAUUAGGCUAUGCAAAUAGUACCACUUACGAAAAGAAGAAAAGUUUCAAUUUCAAAUCGAAGGUUUUGAACAGUUCUUCCAUCAGAAUAAAGAAUUGGCUAAAUGAAAACCAGACGCUGUUCGUUUCGUCUCUUGUUUGUGACAAAGACUUGAACAUUUCGCAUAGCGAUUGCUUCUUUUUUUAUGUGAGUGAAGCUGUAGGCAGUUAG